UCUCCAACUCCCAUAUGUCUUCUUGCACUAACCACUUCCUCCGCCUCCAUGUCCUUAUAAAUAUCCUCAUGAGUUCACUCUUUAACAAGAUCACGCCAAUCACAUCAUCACCGCUAACACUUUUUAAUAUGAAGAGACCGAGAGAGGAGAUGAAGGAAGAGGAGACUGACUUAUCAUUGGCUACCGCAGCCAUGGCGGUUGCAACCGCAGCCGCGGUGGCUGAGGAGGAGAAAUUGUGGUGCAGUGGAGUUGUGGAGGAGAUGACGUGGGGCAACGUGUGGUUACCUUUUUGGGACGUUGAGUUUGUUGGAAGAAACUACAGUUUAUUGUUCAGCGAUGUUGCUUGGGAUGAUGAUAUUUGGAACCUCAAGAAUCUAACUCAUUUCUCAUAGUCCUUUUCUUUAAGAAAAUAAAUAAUCUGAUUUAUAAUUCCUUCUAAAUAAGUUUUCCUUAUAUGAGGUUAAUAUGAAAGUAAUUAUCUAUAGAUUUAAGAAUUAGUCUGUUUAGAAUCUAUGUUUAGACCUUAAUAAUAGUGUAUUGUUAAGUUGUUUAUAUAUAUACAAACGCCUUUCAAGAGUGAUUCUUGCCAA